GAUACAUUUUGGCCCAUCGAUCAAUACUUACCAGGCAUUGCUUCCUGAGCGGGAGCGUGAGAGAGGCUUCGCUUUGGAAUAUGCGCGGAGUGAAUAGGUAGUGCUCAAUAAUAGCCAGCCUUACAGAGGAGUUUGGAGGAUGUCUGUAAUUCUUUGUACAGCUGGUUACGAUCAUACAAUUCGUUUCUGGGAAGCUCUCUCCGGCAUCUGCUCGCGCACUAUCCAGCACCCUGAUUCACAGGUCAACCGCCUCUGCAUCUCUCCGGACAAGAGAUUCCUCGCCGCCGCGGGCCACCACACCGUGAAACUCUACGACAUCAAGUCGACGAACCCUAAUCCGCUGCUUAGCUUCGAAGGCCACACGGGCAAUAUCACGGGAGUCGCAUUCCAUUGCGAGGGCAAAUGGAUGGUCACUAGCUCGGAGGAUGGGACGGUCAAGAUCUGGGAGACGAGAAGUGGCACUGUUCAGAGGAGCUAUUCACACGGCUGUCCGGUCAAUGAUGUGGUGAUCCACCCAAACCAAGGCGAGAUCAUCAGCUGUGAUCGUGGAGGCAGCGUCCGCAUUUGGGAUCUAGCUGAGAACAACUGCUCCCACCAGCUCAUCCCCGAGGAGGAUGUCUCAGUCUCGAGCGUUACUGUUGCCAGUGAUGGGUCUACUCUUUGCGCGGGAACUAACUCGGGCAGCGUCUACGUCUGGCACCUCGUUCAAUACCGCGAGAAGACACAACUGAUGCCCAUAACCCACUUCAAAGCACACGCUCAAUACAUAACCCGGGUGCUGCUGUCUCCCGACGUCAAGCACCUCGCAACAUGCAGCGCGGACCAUACCGCUAAGAUCUGGGAGGUCAAGGACCUUGACGCCAUGAUCCCCAUCCCUGGCCAAGCCACCCCUGAGGUGCGGUCCUUCAAGCUCGAGAGCACUCUGACCGGCCAUCAACGGUGGGUUUGGGACUGUGCCUUCUCAGCGGAUUCGGCGUAUCUGGUUACAGCCUGCAGUGAUCAUUAUGCGCGCCUUUGGGAGCUGCACAGCGAGCAGAUCAUCAGGCAGUAUAAUGGACAUCAUCGGGGUCUCGUGUGCGUUGCGCUUAAUGAUUAUUCUGAGGCUCGUUAGGGAUUCAUGGUGGGGGAAUACAUGGAUGGCGUUGUAAGCUGGCAUAAAGGAUUCGCGUUAUGGAGAGGCCGGUCUGCGACGGCAUGCUCAUAUGGGCCUAUCUGGCGUUGAGAUCAUACCCGGCGCGAUCGAUAUUCCUGGAUGCAGUCAGCUACCUACCUACAGUAGUAGUCAUAAUAAAGGAUU